GGCUCUCAGGCAGUCUUAGAUUUCGGGGUAGAGGUAGCUGGGCUGAUCGCCUUCGAUUAUGAGACGAACGACACGCAGCCAUUGUCUCUGGCCUUCACAGAGUCAUCGAGCUUCAUUGGCAAUAUAUCAGAUGACACCGGCGGAGUGUACACUCAGGAUUGGGAUAGAGCUCUCAAUGUUACUGUCAACGAUCCUGCGGGAUUCUACACUAUGCCUUCUGUCAACUUUCGAGGCGGAUUCAGAUUCCUAACCUUGAACGCUCGGGCGAACAUAUCUGUCUCAAACACAACAUGCGACAUUGGCUUCGCUCCUAACAUGCCGGAUCUUCGAGCUUACACAGGACACUUCUCAACUUCCGAGUCGUACUAUAAUCAGCUUGGUCGGCUGUGGGCAGCCGGGGCCUAUACUGUACAAACGAACAUCGUACCACAAAAUACUGGAAGAUGGCUGCCGCAAGUCCGACCCGGUUGGGCAUAUAAUGCCAGUCUUGGAGUCGGAGAAGGGCCUUUCCUGGUAGAUGGUGCGAAACGUGAUCGUGCUAUUUGGCCAGGUGAUCUUGGAAUUUCAGGACCUGCAGCUGCACUGGCCUUUGGUGAAGCUGGUCUCUUGCCGUGGCGAAAUGGCCUCGAGACUUUGAUACACCACCAGAAUACCAGCUCAGAAUCUUAUGGUGAGUUUCCGUUUGCUGGUCCGGACACCAACAGUUUUCGUAAUGGCCUCCAAAGCGAGACAUAUCACGCCUGGACCCUGAUCAGCAUUUAUGAUUAUGUCAUGUACAGUGGUGAUGAGGUAUGGCUGGACAAGCAAUGGAAGAAUGCGGUCGAUGCAUCAAAGCUGAAGGAAAGCUAUAACAAACUCCUCUGGGAUACUUCGGCGUGUCUCUUCUUCGACAACACCACCACUACCCUCCACCCGCAGGAUGGAAACGCCUUGGCACUAUCCUUCAACCUCACAACGAACGCAUCUCAAGCCACUGACCUAAGUUCUGCUUUGACCACAAACUGGAACAAAAUCGGUCCCGUAACUCCAGAACUUCCAGAUACAAUCUCACCUUUCGUUUCAGGCAUCGAACUACUCGGCCAUUUCCGUUCCGGCAACCCAGACCGUGGUCUCGACCUCCUGCACCGUCUUUGGGGUUACUUACUCAAAAGCCCUCUGAUGACAGGCAGUACAUUCGCCGAAGGCAUCUCAGCGAAUGGCAGUCUCUGGUAUCGCUCUACAGCAGGCUACAAUCAUGAUCCGAAAUACACGUCCCUUUCUCACAGCUGGAGUGUCGCGCCUGUCCAAGCGCUCAUUCAUGAAGUUGUAGGUUUGAAGAUCUUGAAACCUGGUGGGAGGGAAUGGGUUUUGGAACCGAAGUUGGGUAAUUUAAGUGAUGCGAGAGCUGGGUUUGAGACGCCUUUGGGUAAAUUUGUGGCGCGGGUUAGGAAAGAGGCGAAUGGGACGGGAUUUGUGGUUGAGGUUGUGACGCCAGUUGAUACGAAGGGAACUGUGAUUUUUCCU